AUGGAGUUACUACACGUUUACAUUGCCGGCACGGCAUUCCUGGUCUUCGCCCUGGUGGCGUUGGUUCUUUUUGUCUCGUCUCAAAAGCUCAAGGUCGAUAUGGACCAUGGGCCAUUAGCCUAUGCGACUGUCUACGAUGCUACCCGUCGCCGUCUUCUCCGGGGAAGGGAGGAUAUGCUGGGCUUAGUGGCGGCGCAGUUAAAACACAAAGUUGAGAGCAAGGAAAUCAAGCCGGGAAAGGCCGUAUGGGUAGACAUUGGCGGUGGCACUGGUUACAACAUCGAAGCCAUGUCCGCUUUCGUACCUGUUAACAAGUUUUUCGAUCAAGUAUAUCUAGUGGAUCUUUCACCUUCUCUUUGCGAUGUGGCCCGUCAACGUUUCCAACGCCUUGGAUGGAAGAAUAUCACGGUUCUUUGCCAAGAUGCCCGAUCUUUCCAACUCCCAGAACGCCCGGUCGACCCACGGUCCAACAACUCUGCCACGAGCGAUCGGGCGGAUUUGAUUACCAUGAGCUACAGUCUUUCCAUGAUUCCAGACUACUACAGUGUGGUAGACUCCCUCACUUCGCGCCUAACAAAGACUGGUGUAUUGGGUGUCUGUGACUUCUAUGUGCAGAGCAUUGUCGAUGUUUCAUCUCGCAACUAUACUGGUGGCGCUUUCAACCGUCAUGUCAACUGGCUCGGUCGUAUCUUCUGGCGAGCUUGGUUUGACUUUGAUCGCGUUAGCUUGGAGGCUGCUCGUCGAGACUACCUGGAGUACAAAUUUGGAACUGUCAUUUCUGCAAGUGACCGCAACUAUCUGUUGGGCGGAAUUCCCUACUACAUCUUCGUUGGUUGUCCCAAGGAGAUCGCCUCCACUCCAUCCAGUCAAGAUGCUAUUGAGAAGCUUGAUGCCUCAUUCACCGAAUCUCCUUAUCUAUCCCCUGCCAACCACCAGGUCGAGAGGGACCAGGCUAUUGAAAGGAGCUCUCGGGAAGUUCGAUCAAAGGCCUACGAAAGCGCUGUUGUGAACCUCAGUGCCAACCUACCUCUUCCAUCUUCAUUCUACCAGAACCACCACUACCGAAUCCACUACAACGACAUGCUGCCCAAGCACACUCAGUUCCAAAACGAAUAUAUCUACGCCUUUACUUGGGAAGAUCCCCGUGUUGACCACCGACUCCUCAAUAUUGGCCCAGAUGAUGUGAUUCUGGCAAUUACCAGUGCUGGUGAUAAUAUUCUAGAUUAUCUCCAGAAGAACCCACGCCGCGUGCAUGCUGUCGAUCUGAACCCUAACCAAAACCAUCUUCUCGAGCUUAAGGUUGCUAGCUACCUGGCCCUGGGUCACCGCGAUAUGUGGAAGCUCUUUGCCGAGGGAAAACAUGCCCAGUUCCGCGAGCUGCUCAUUUCUAAAAUGAGUCCUCAUUUGUCUAGUCAGGCAUUUCAGUACUGGCUUGAGCAUAGCCACGUCUUCACCUCUACUUCUGGCCAAGGUCUAUAUGAGACCGGUGGCUCACGCCAUGCUAUUCGCAUGGUUCGCUACCUAUCAAAAUUCUUCGGGUUAGAGGGUGCGGUAAAGAAGAUGUGUGAAGCCCAGACUCUUGAUGAGCAACGAGCUAUCUGGCCUCGCGUUCGCAGACUUCUCUUGAGUAAGCCGCUUAACUGGGCCAUCGUGAGCACUGAGUGGUUUGCCUGGAAGGCUGCUGGUGUGCCUCGCAACCAACGCAACAUGAUUGUCGACGACUAUUUCCGUCGUAAUGGUUUGAACUCUGAUAUGAAGCAAAGCAAAGAUGUCAGUGGACAGUCUAUCUGGGAGUUCGUUGUCAACACACUUGACCCCGUGGCCAAGGAUACACUUCUCAGCAACGACAACUACUUCUACUAUCUCUGCUUACAGGGCAAAUUCUCGCGCCGCUGCCAUCCUACCUACCUCUCGCCCCAGGCACAUGUCAAGAUGUCCACACCAGGUGCCUUCGAUGGUCUUCGGAUCCAUACCGAUGAGAUUAACGAGGUGAUCAAUCGCAUUACCCCUGGUACAUUGACAAUCGCAGUGGUCAUGGACUCAAUGGAUUGGUUUGAUCCCGCUGAAGAUGCCGCUGCAGCUCAAGCUCGCCGUCUAAACCACGCUCUAAAGAAGGGCGGCCGUAUUCUCCUCCGCUCCGCCAGCAUCGAUCCCUGGUACAUCAAGCACUUCGAGGAAAAUGGUUUCACAGCCCGCCGGGUCGGUUCCCGAUUCCCAGGAACAUGCAUUGAUCGUGUCAACAUGUAUGCCUCUACUUGGAUCUGUACAAAGAACGAGGAUGUCAUUCGCCCCCAGUCCAGUCGCUCGAUGUCUGCUCUCUCUCUUGGAGACAGUGCCGUCGGUACAGCGAAACGGAGUACCAGCGUCGAGGACCUAAAGAUUUGA